UUUCGAAUGAAAAUGGCGGGUCCUACUUGCUUCUCUACUCCCGAGUGAUGCAAUGUUUUGGUUUGGAGAUUGGGAUUACCUGGUAGUCCAGGGGCCAAAGGUGGACCUGGAGUUCAAGGUGAGCCUGGUCCCAGAGGUCAUGCCGGCAUAUCCGGAGGGAGACCGAGGUCAGCGCGGUCCAGUGGCUCCACAAGGAAUAGUCAAAGAGGCUGGAAGCAAAGGAGAGAGAGGACCGAUGGGUGUUCCAGGUGCUCAAGGUCUGAGUGGAACCAAAGGAGACAAGGGCUUCCAAGGAAGAGGUGGACCCAAAGGAGACAUUGGAGACCCUGGUGUGGAGGGGAUGGCUGGUGAGAAAGGUGAAAAGGGUAUGUCUGGAGAACCUGGCCCUAAAGGACAGGUGAGUUGUUUGUUGUUUGUUUGUGACAGGGUAUGUCUGGAGAAUCUGGCCCUAAAGGACAGCACAGAGUGAGGGGAGACCUUGGACAUAACGGUCCAACUGGAGACUGGGAAGCCAGGUGAUCUAGGACCCCCUGGACUGCCUGGUCCUCGGGGGUUGAACGGCAUGAGAGGAGUGCCUGGCAGGCCGGGUAUUGAGGGUCCACCGGGAAAAGAUACAUCUGACCAGCAUGUUAUUGAUGUGGUGCUAAGAAUGUUGCAAGAGAGGCUGGCAGCAGUAGCAGUGAGCACUAAAAGGGCUGUGCCAUGGGACCCCCCAGCUCUCCUGGACCUCCGGGAUCAACGCUUCCACAAGGACCACAUAGUUUGCCUGGUUCUCAAGGAAUUCCUGGGAUGAUAAGAGCGGACGGACAGAUUGGAAACACAGGUCUUAAAGGAAGAGAGACCAGAACUGCCUGCUGCCGAUUGGUCAAGCAGGAGACAUGCAUUAUGGGUAAUGUAGUCUAAUGACACUCAGUGGAAAAAAACAGGUUCCUGAAGCGCCCUGUCUGUAUAUUAUGCAUGUGCCAUCUGGUGGAUAAAACCAGUUACUACAGUGCACUGCAUCUCAAUCAAAAUAACACUGCCUAAUGCACAAAUAAUGACUAAAAUAUAAUAUAAAUCACCUUAAAUUAUGCUCUAUCCCCAUGGAAUAUAGAAAAGACAUAAUUAGGUGGCAGAGAACUUCAUCCCUAGACCCAUAAUUGUGACCCAACAUAUUUUAUAACCUAAUACUUAUUCCUUGAAAAAAUUGUGAUACAAGUUAUAACAAGGUUAGCUUUUAGGCACCUACCAUAGUGGGGUUAGGUUUAGGC